ACAGUCAAAAAAACAUGAUGAAUGGGAUGGUGGAGGCAGCAGUGAAUUGGAUGAAGGCUGGGCUACCGUUGCGCAAGCUAAAGAUUGUGCUGUAUGCUGCAAAUGUGGACGAUAAACGGGAAUUGCUAGAGAAAAACAAACACAUGUGUAAACUGUUUAAAGAUUUAAAGGAAAGAUAUGGAAUGAAAGAACUCGCACAAAAGAACAUUCCUAUCGAGUAUGAUGCAUAUAUUUCAUUUUCUAAAGAAGACGAAAUGUUUGCCACCAUCAUUAAACAAAAGUUAGAGUUGGCGAAGUCGGAUAUUCGCAUAUUUGAAAAUCAACAGGAAAUAAAAAAUGAAGAGGUGUGGCAGGAGGACAUGUAUGACGUUAUGAUGCGAUGUGCAAGAGUUAUUACAGUCCUUACUCCUCAGUACCUUAGAAGUGUCUCAUGCAUGGAGCAGUAUAACAUGGCAUUGUGUUGUCACCGGACAGCAGAGCGUGAUAUUCUUACCCCAUUUUAUGUUGAGCCUAUUGAAGUUAUGCCUACAUACAUGGGACUUGUUCAGUAUGUGGAUUGCCUAGAAAAAGAUACUAAUAAGAUAUAUGCGGCCUGUGAACAACUCAGUUCAACACUUGAUGUCACAGUUAAUGCUGAGGUGGCUUACGAACGUCCAAAGCUUGAGUACGAUGUUUUUAUCUCAUACUGUCAUCACAAUUCAAGCAAAGCUGCCGAUGUGAUGGAUAAUUUUAAAGCUCUUGAUCCUAAUUUAAAGGUGUUUUUUGACAGAGAACUAAAAACAGGGGCCACAUGGCAACAAACGUUGUACCAUGUCAUUGAUGGCACCAAGUGCUUUGUUGCCGUGGUAACUAAAGAAUACCUGAAAUCGCCAGUUUGCCAAGAGGAGUUUAGUCUCCUCUUAAGUAAACAUUGCCAGCAGAAUGAUAAUUUGAUCUUGGUUCCUCUGCUUGUUGAUGAUCUGGAAGAUGUUCCUCUAGAAUUUAAACAGAUUCAACUGGUGAAUGCGACUGGAGAGUUCUUCACAUCAGCUAUACAAUUUACGUGCACGGCCAUCGUGAAGCACCUGAGUGGAAAGCAGACUAAAAUGCAGUUUCUAUUCACUAGACCAAAAAUCUCCCUGAAUAUCCUGGAGACACAAGAGCGAUUGAGGAGAGCAAGGCUGACCGAUAGAUAUCCUAUGCAAGCUAACUGGCGAGGUAAAACAUUUCCUCCAGACCUGGAAAGUUAUUAUGUAAAAGAACUGGAUCAGGCACAGGGUAAAGACAUUGGUGACAAAUCUGACAAAUGGAAUUUGGAAGAUGCAAAAUAUGAUGAGUUAGCUAGACAGAAAGUUGACAUAAAAAAAGAAAAAGAUUUAAAUUUAAAAAAAGGAAAUGAAGAAAUUGAAAAGGAUUUGAUUGAAUUUGACAUUGCCAUAAGCUGUACAAAGCACUACCUAAAGUUUGCUAGGUUCUUCCAGAAAAUGCUCAAAACCUUCGUCCCUAAUAUUACCAUCAGUUCUGAUGAAGGUUCAGAUCAGGAGAAGCGUGCAGUUCUAGAGAAUGCCUCAAAGAUUGUAGCAUUUGUUUCAUCAAGCUACACAGCAUCACAUUCGCAUAUGGAGGAGUUAAACGUAGCUCUCUGUCGACACCGUUUCAGCCCUCAACCAGUCCUCUUUGCGAUUCAGCUUCAUCUCCUCCCGAAGUUUCCAUCAUAUGUGCAUCUGAUUCCUUAUCGAUUUUGCCUCAUAGAUGAAAUGUGGAAACAAAUUGUGAAGAAAGUUGACUGGCAGGGAGCAGAAAUGCAUGCGCUUAUCCUGGCAACAAGGAAUUUAUUUGAACACAAUGAGAGAGUUUCUGUUGAAGCCGCCAUCGCAUUGACGGUUGCUGCUAUGGACCUAGUCCAAGAAUUGAGAAAUGAAAGCAAAUCGCUGGAGCCUACAUGCCCUAGGUCAGUACUUGGAAAUUUUGCUCGGUUUGAAGCUGAAGCAAAUGCUUUGCAGAAAGCUCCUAUUGAUGAACCUUGUCUUUCUCAGAUGCUGUAUACUAUUAAAUUACCAAAGAAGCCAGAAAUCGAAGAAAAAAACCCCGAAAAACUGGAUGAAAAAUUGUAAAGGAAUGAUGGGAAUGUUAAUAACAGUAGAAACUAGAAGUCAAUUCGUCACCGACGAAUUUUAGCUGAUACGCUGAAUGCGAUAGUUUUCAACGGCAAAAAAGAAGUGAUCUCAAAAAUGUUAAAAAUUAACGAACACGUACGCGCUAUUUGAAUCGUAAAUAAAUCGUAAAAUAUUGUACAUGAUAUUCAACAUUGACCUUUAAUGGCGACUGGUUAGGAUAAUAUGGGGGUCAUCAAAGUUUUGAGAAAAAAAAGAUGAGGGGGGUCAGAAAAAACAUUUAUUUUGACCAUGAUGACGUCAUUAAAAUGAAAAAGCAUUGAUAUAUGAAAGAGAAUUAUCUCAGCUAUAACAUACUCAAAGUUAAGAGAAGAUUGAUCGAGGAUAAGCGAGAUACGCUCAAAUGAGUAUUUUAACAAGCAUAGCAGGUGGAGAUCCAUGAAAAGUCGUAUAUAAAGAUGUGGGUUACCCAUAUCUUUAUAUUUACACAAGUAAUUAAAAUUGUUUAUUGAGCAGAUUAAUCACACUGAUAUACAAUUGUACUACAUUCAGUUGAUGCAUAUGUACUUCCAUUUAGAGACAUAAUUUCAUUAUUUUCUUUCCAAAAAACUAAAUAAAUGUCAACUAGUAAGUUAGUAGCACAUAACAUUGAUUUGCAUUGAAAAUUUUAAAAUUUAGUGGCAAA